AUGCAAGUGCGAAGCCCGCGAAUGAAGAGAGAGAGAGAGAAUAGGAAUUAUGACAAUCCGCAGAAAAUACAGAAGGCAAGACAACACGAACCAGGCAAGAAGCUGCUUCAGUCACUCGUCGACCGCUUUAAACGUCGUCGUUACGUGUUCGUCCUCUCUCGCCGUCCAUCUCUUCGAUAUCUCCACGUCGCCAGCUGCAGAAUUAGGAGGGAAUUUGACAAGAUGUCCGUUUCUGAAACAAUCCUCCGAAGGCAGUGGCCGAUUUUCCUGGAAUAUCUCGAUGUCGACGCGAUUUCCCCGAUUCUCAUCUCCAAAUACGUCCUCCCGGUGGACUGGAUGGACAACGGGGAGAAGCCGCUGAGGGCGCGCGAGAAGAGGGAGGCGAUCCUCAGGAUCGUCCGCGCGAAGGGUCGGACCGGGUUCCAAGCCUUCAGGAAGGCCCUGGCGCAAGUCGGACAGUCGCAUCUCGUGUCGUCGCACGCCUUGGACGCGUUGCCAAGCCAAAAGGCGUGCCUUCCCCUUGCGGAUGAUGAUGCUGGCGUGGCAGCCUUCAUGAAAGGAUGCUCGACGACGCUGAAGAGUCCAGGGACCCGGCGAGGCCGCGGCACCUUUGGGCUCUCGCGGCUUUCUUCUUCUUCCUCGUUCUGACUGCUCUUUUUUGCUCGCUUUCCUUUACAUUAUUUAUGUUCUUUCUUGCCGU